AGCGCGGGCCCGAUUCGCUCGCGACCGACACAUCGCCACAACCUCGCCAUGUCUCUGCGAUCGGCCGUGCCUCGACUUGUUAGCCCGUUUAAAGGGGUUUUAAGAGCCUCGGCGCAAAUCCCGAACCGGCAGUACGCCGCCGUGGCGGAAGCGAGGGCGGUUCUGGAGCACGAGCUCGACGGGAUCCGGGCGGCAGGGACGUGGAAAGGGGAGAGAAUUAUCACGUCCAGGCAAGGUCCCCAAAUCAGCGUGGACGGCAGCCGUGGCACCAUAUUGAAUUUUUGUGCAAACAACUACCUUGGUCUAUCCAGUCACCCAGAGGUGGUGCAGGCCGGGAUUGAUGCUCUCAAGACCUAUGGUGCAGGACUGAGCUCUGUCAGGUUCAUCUGUGGCACACAGGGUAUUCAUAAAAAUCUGGAGCAGAAGUUAGCAGAGUUCCAUGAGCGGGAGGACUGCAUCCUCUAUGCCAGCUGUUUUGAUGCCAAUGCUGGGCUAUUUGAGGUUCUGUUGGGCCCAGACGAUGCUGUCCUGUCUGAUGAGCUGAACCAUGCCUCCAUCAUUGAUGGGAUCCGGCUGUGUCGGGCCAAGAGGUUCCGCUACAAACACAUGGACCUCAACGAUCUGGAGACCAAGCUCAAGGAGUCCCAGUCAUCUCGUAUGCGUCUGGUGGUGACGGAUGGAGUGUUCUCAAUGGAUGGGGAUGUGGCGCCCUUGCAGGGAAUCUGUGACCUCGCCGAACAGUACGGAGCCAUGGUCUUCAUCGAUGAGUGCCACGCCACUGGCUUCCUGGGUCUCCGGGGCAGAGGAACAGAUGAGCUCCUGGGAGUAAUGGACCGAGUUCACAUUGUAAACUCCACCCUGGGAAAAGCGCUUGGAGGAGCAGCUGGUGGAUACACUGUUGGCCCUAAACCUCUGAUUGACCUGCUUAGACAGCGCUCACGUCCAUACCUGUUCUCGAACUCCCUCCCCCCUCCCGUGGUGGGCUGUGCCACUCGGGCCGUGGAGCUGCUGCUCGCGUCUAGUGAAAUCGCAGAAAGCAUGAUAGCCAAAACAAUGAGGUUCAGACACAAAAUGACCCAGGCGGGGUUCACCAUCGCAGGCUCGGCACACCCCAUCUGCCCUGUGAUGCUAGGGGAUGCACGGCUUGCCUCUUCAAUGGCCGACGACAUGCUGAAACAUGGAAUAUAUGUGAUUGGGUUCUCCUACCCAGUGGUGCCCAAGGGCAAGGCCAGAAUCCGUGUCCAGAUCUCAGCUGCACACUCGGAUGAGGACAUAGACCACUGUGUUGACGCUUUCAUCCAGACGGGCCGAAAGCAUGGAGUUGUAUCUUAAGUGUUACAGAGGGAGAAGAACCAGAUGGAUUUAGCAGCCAGCAGCCAAGUAAUUAAAAACAAACCGAGGUGUUUGCCAUUGCCGACCAUACAGACUGUUACAGGGUAUGGGACUGUUACUUAUUAGACCCACGAAUGAUGUUGAAGAAAGAUAUGCCACGUUGACCGGUCAGCUGUGGUCAAUGUUAUUUUUGUGUUUGUGCUUCUAAGCUUAAUAAACAACUUUUGCUAACCAAGUUGAAGUCAGGGUAUUUUGGUGGCAAGCUGUAUAAAUUGUUGAAGCGAGUGAUUAAUAUGUAUAGCCUGCAACAGGAGACACAAUAUUCCAUUUAAAAAUGUUAACAUGCAGUCAAGAGAAAUUCUUAAUUCCCUUACUAUGACAGUAAAGUGUAAUCAACAGGGUUAAAGUGCAUUUCCUUAAUAAACACAGAAGUUAGUUGCGUUGAAUAAGACUUAA